AGACAGCGGCAACAUGGACUACAUGCAGGAGGACCCUUACUCCAGUCACCGCUUUGCACCCCAUGACCCUUACUACAGUGGCGGGGGUGGGGGCGGGGGCGGCUAUGACGGGAACUACGCCAACAACACCUCCUUUGACCGCCAGAGUGACCACUCCAUCCACAGCGACAGGAACAGGCCGGUGAAGAACUACCAGGACAUCCCUAACGGGGCCCCGUACGGCAGCAGCAGCAACCUGCGUCAGAGCCAGUCGGACCUAAUGAUGCGUGCCUCCCCGCAGCCCCCCAGGUCCUUAAGCCCGCAAGACUAUCCUCCUCCUCCUCCCCCUCAAGGCAGCGGGGACGUGCAAGCGGGGGGCCCGCAUGGGGGAGCAGGGUAUGGCCACCGGGAGUCCCCCUACCACAACCUCCCGCCUUACCAGGCAGAGGGGCCGGAUAAUUACGAAGAGUACGGGGACGAUAUUGGUCCAGGUCCUGACUAUUACGAUGACGAUGACAGUCGUCAAGGUCAUGUGGUGGGGGACCCCCGGUCGGGCGACUACCAGCACCCCCCUAGCGAGCCUCCCCAUCACUUCCCAUAUGAUGAAGAUUUGCAUGAUGGUGGCUAUGGGCAAAGAGAGGGGUCCUACGCCGGCAGCCGCAGCAGUUUCCAGGGUCCCCCGGGCGGUGACCCCCACCACAGCGGCAACUACGCCGACCCCUACCCCCAGGAAGUCCCGCGCUACAAUGGCGGUGUCCACUACCCCGAUGACCCGUACGGCCGGCCGCAGGCUGAGCUGGACUACGGUUACCAGGGAGACCCCCAGUAUCUGGACCAGGGUGGAGGUGGUGGCGGCGGUGGUGGAGGAUCUCUCUACGGCGACCAACCCAGUUACCAUGACGAGCAGCCCAGCUACCACGCCGACCAGCCCAGUUACCACGGCGACCAACCUAGUUACCACGGCGACCAGCCCAGCUACCACGGCGACCAACCCAGUUUCCAUGACGACCAGCCCCAUUCUUUCCAUGAUGACCAGCGCUACCACCCGGAGCAGGUAGGCUACGGCGCGGGCACCCCACACCAGGACGACUUCCGAGAUGACCACCAAAACCUGUCCUUGCAGGAUCCGCGGGACGACCCCUACAACGACGAGUCCACAUAUCCGAAGCGUCAGAACACCUCGUUCCACGAGCCGCAGGACUCUUACCAAGGGCAAGCCCUCCCCGGCAGUGACCCUUACGGCCAUGGUGGUAGUGGUGGUGGCCCCCCUUCCCUGCAGUACGACCCAUACGGUGAGCAGGACCGAUAUUCCGAUGCCCCUCGCGAGCGCCGAAGCUUCGACCAGCCCGGCGGCGACCCCUACUACCCAGAGCACGUCCCCCAACCAAAUGACUCUUUCCGCCAAGGGGACAACUACCUGGACGACUCCCAGCGGAGGUUCGAAGGGUUGCCUCCUGUCAGAUCGGAUCCAUUCGGCGACGACCCGUUCCGAGAGCAGUCCAGCCGAGACGGUGACCGCCUGGGUCCCCCAGAAGACCCGUAUUACCGAGGCGGCUCACCAGCAGGAGGCCCAGAUCCAGCCCAGUACGAGGAUAGGGCUCCACCGUAUGAUGACAGGGGUCCACCGUAUGACGACAGAGGCCCUCCAUACGAUGACAGAGGUCCUCCUUAUGAUGAUAGAGGCCCCCCUUAUGACGAUAGAGGGCCCCCGUACGACGACAGAGACGGGCCUGACCCAUACUCCCAAAGUGCACCACGAUAUCCUUCAGAUUAUCCUCAAGACUAUCCGGAGCAAGACGCAGCUCGCAGAUUAGAACAGCUGAACCUUAGGGCGGCCCCGCCUCUGAAUGAAGGAAGGAAGACUCCCUCUGUAGAUGGACGAAUGGUCGCACAAAUGAGUUCAGGGAUGCCCGUUCGAUACCCGGACCUGCAGGAGGUGAUCGACUACCUGGGCUCACAUGACGACAGCAUCAAGGCUAGCGCGGCCGCUCACAUGCAGCACAUCACAUACAUGGACGAUGCUGUCAAAGCAAAAGCCAGAUCCCUUGGUGGCAUCAGGCCUCUGGUGCGACUGCUCACCCAUGAAAAGAUAGAGGUGCAUAAGAACGCCUGCGGUGCCUUACAGAACCUCAGCUACGGGAAAAGCAACAAUGACAAUAAGAGAGCCAUCAAGAACGAAGGCGGCAUUCCAGAGUUGAUACGAGUCCUGCGCAAGUCGGAGCAGGAGGAUGUGAAGGAGUCAGUCACUGGGGUCUUGUGGAAUCUCUCCUCGUGUGAGGACUUGAAGCAGUCCAUCAUCGACGAUGGUCUCAGCGUCCUGGUGAACAGUGUGAUCCUGCGCUACUCGGGCUUCAGCGCCAUGGGUGGGCCCUCCUCUCAGCUGCCCUGGACCGCCGUCUGCCGGAACACCACGGGAGUCCUCAGAAAUGUGAGCUCAGCUGGUUUUGACGCCAGAAAGCGACUGCGAGAAUCGAGGGGCUUGGUGAACGCGUUGAUCUACAUGCUGAAGUUGGCAGCUGACGACUUGGGCAGCAACGACAUCGACAACAAAGUGGUCGAGAACACCGUCUGCAUCCUCCGCAACCUCUCCUACCGCAUACAGGAGGUGGUGGACCCAGAUUUUUACAAGAAGCGCACCCUGCCGAGGCAGCAAACACCACAGGGGAAAGGAAAGAACGCCAAAGGAGGUUCAGAGGCAGGAUGCUUCGGAAACAAGUCUGCCAAAGCAAAGAACGCCCAGACAAAGUCCGGCAAUCAAAUUAACAACCCCCCUCCGCAGCUCCCCCCGUCCUCCACAGAGUACCGGUCCCUGUGGGGCCCAGAGAUCCACAGUCUGUACUCCACGGUUCUGAAGCGCUGCACCAACCCCAUCACAAUGGAGGCGGCGGCCGGUGCUAUACAGAACCUCACAGCCUGUGACUGGCAGCCCGCAGUAGAGAGCCGUGCCUUGGUACGCAAAGAGAAGGGUCUUCCUCUGCUGGUUGACCUUCUGUCUGCCGAGUCGGACCGCGUGGUGUGUGCCACGGCUACCGCUCUCCGCAACCUGGCCAUUGACGAGAAGAACAAGGAGUUGGUCGGCAAGUACGCCAUCAGACAGCUGGUGAGUCGCUUGCCCCGAGACCUGAGGAACAACAUGCCGGACGACACCAUCUGUGCUGUGGUGGCCACGCUCUACGAGGUGGUCAAGGACAACCAGGACUUUGCCAUGGCCCUGAUCCAGGAAGACGGACUUCCUCGACUCAUGCACAUCAACAACUCGGAGGGCCGCUAUCUUUCCCGCACUUUGAAGUUCACACAAACUCUGCUCAAGACACUGUGGGGCUACAAGUCUCUCCACACGGAAUACGCCAAACUCAGCUAUGGACAGAGUGACUUCACCACCUCCAAGGCUUAUCCCAGGCAAGACGGGUCUCGUCCACCAGACCUGACACGCACUCCAACGUCCAGCAGUCAGACGACGCCGUACAACACGCUGAGCAGACCCAUGUCAGGUCAAGGUUACGACGACAGCACAUUGACACCGGCUCGCUCGCAGCAGCAGCAACAACAACGCGGUGGUUACUAUGGCAACCAUCGGGGGGCCUCAGAGGCAGAGGCAUACAGAGCCAUGAACAGGAGCAACGCUUCUUUGCACGAUUCACGCGAUCACCACAACUACUCUAAAGAUAGAAUACAGGAGGAUGUGCUCAUGAACGACCUGGGUCCGGGUUAUGCCCCCUUGGACGAGCCACGACCUCACCAGAACAAGCCGCCGGUGGGUGGCGUCCCGCUCUUCCCUAACCUGGCCCCGGCGGAUCCCCCCCACCAGUACGGGGAGCCACAGAUGGGUGGGGAGCCGGUGUACGCACAGGUCAACAAGGGCAGUCGGCGUCGGCCAGACCAGUAUGACCCCAGUGGAUCUCCCAGCAUGCAUCGUCAGAACGUGGAUGGUGCAGGGGGUGGGGCUGACUCGUGGGUUUGAUGAGGGUGUUCCAGAGCAAAGUGUUCAAGUGUGUGUGAGUGAUUAUGUGUGUGUGUGAGUGAGGGUGUGUGUGCGUGUGUGUUACCUGUAUGUUAUGUGUGUGUGUGUGGUUUGUGGUUCUCUCAUACAUUAUGUGACAGUUGCUGGCAGUGGCUGUAAGAGCUGGUAUAUAUCUCACAAAAUAGCUACCGGAGGAAAAGUGUCUACAACUCUCAGGCCACGUGAGGCUGUGUCUAACUGGGGGGGGGGUGUUAUUCUGGGCAAAGUGAAUUAGCGAGAUGUGAAUGUUCGUUACCUAUUUUUGCAGAAUGUCCAUGACAGGAUAUUUGUCAACUCUUUUUGGGCUUUAGUGGGGUCAGAGACAUACCGUAUUGAUUUUUUAUUUUUGCGACGGCUACUGUGUCCCCGUUUAGAAUGUUUUAUAAUUCACAUUGGGAUUUUUUCCCCUGUAGUUAGAGGGCAAGAUGAGUUGUUGCUCUUGUCAAUAGCCGGACUUUCCUGCUCCCAUCAUGUUUGUAUGUCUUGAAUCUGUGAGUUUGUGAGUACUAAUUGUAUGAGCAUGUUUUUACGCACGCUCUGAAUGUAUGUGGUGUGCAGUAGAAGGAUGCAACUGGUUCCUUGAAAAAUCUACACAGGUGUUCGGCAGAUAUUUCAGGAAGGUUUAAUUCAUAACUAAAUAAGUUUGUAUUAAAUUCUGUUUUAUCUCGAGGAAAGAUUUUUAUUGAUGACCCACAGGACGACAUUGGCCAUGGUUUGAGAAAAAUAAGUUGACCUGUAUUUUCCAGUGCUCGGUUUGAGCGUAACUCCAUCAGUUAUGUGUUUCGUUAUAGGUUUGGUUGGAAAUUGGGGGGUCAGUCAUGUCUCACUUAGUGUAUGUGUGUGUGCUGGCACGUGUGUAUAUUCAUUCUUGUCUUGAUUGAGGUUGUGUUUCUUGAGGGUUGUGGUUUGGUCUGCUCCUUCUUCGUCAGUAUUGCUUGCCAUAAAACUAGAACCCCACAACUGUCAGACAGCACCGUGGUCACAAAGAAAUGAGAUUGAGCAUUUUUCACUUUAAAGUCCUGGGUAAGGGGCAGGGCUGGGAGAGUGGGGGUUGAGUCAUUGCGAGAGUGUGUACUUUAUAGUGUAGGAGAUAUGACCUUCAUAUGUCUGAACAGAAUGAUAGCAUCAUAAUAUUGACCUGAUGUUUAAUAUCUAUCGCUUGCAGUGGAUGAGUAUGGAGAACAGAACCGAGUUUGGGGAGGGUUUUUUUUUCUCAUUUCGAUGUAAAUGUGUGGAAAACUUUGAACUAAUGCUUUUGUUCUAUCAUAACUAACAUGGUAAUUCUUCCCCUCCUUCUGUACUGGGAACACAUGCACAUAUUAUCAGCAAGCACUAAUAUUUAUGAAUGAAAUAUACCAGAGUUUGGAAAUGGACUAAAACAGACAGCAAAAACAGCAGCAAAACAAUCUAGCAAAUCUGAUCACAAACAUGUGGUAACAGCGUUCUCUGGAGUUUGACUUUAAUGUAGGUCCUGAAGCCAGUAAUAUUUCCCCCCCCCAACUACUCUUGAGGUUUUUUUUUUUUUAGCUGUCAGCUUUUUAUAGCUUAAAACUAUACUAGCUGGUCCUUGGUCUCUUAAUCAUGCGGGCUAUUCAUUUUUGGUAAAAGUCUUUUUCAGACUCCACCCGCCCCCUUCAAAUAGUUAGAAGAAUCAUCUUUCAUGCUGGAGGUUAUGGCUACCCACAUCUGGUCCCACAUAAUAAUGUAGUAAUGGCUCUGGGUUGUGCAGAAGGUCUCCAAUUAGAGAGCUGAUGUAGACUUUUUUUACCUAUAUUUUUUGCCUUGCCAAGUUUUGUCAUGUUUCAAAAUCUUCCUCUGACUUAACUGUCAUCUUUGCACGUUAGAGUGCAGUCUGUCGUAGUCUAUUGGAUCCAAUUUUCUUUUUUACAUUCCCUGGUAAAUCAAUAUGUUGAAAGUUGUGAAAUUCCAGAACGUGUCAAUAUGCCAUUGAGGGUGAAGAUUUGCUCGGAGUAAAAAGCAAACUGAUGCUCUCUUACUUUGAGUUUAAAUUCAACAGUGGGACAUCACAGAAGAUUAUGAACAACUUUUGAGUUUUAAAAUUUUAGCAGACGGGAGGGGUUGUGUGAGUGAGUGUGUGUAAUGUAUGCCCAGUGGCAGAGGAGACGAGACCAAGAUGUUGCGUAAUAUGUUGCGUCUGUGUGUGCCGCAUGCUUUUGAUGUCUCUGAAAUCUUAAGCUAUUUGCCCUGAACAGUAGAAUAAAGUCACAAUUAAUUAGUCUGUGUGUCACAAAGUUUUGCCAUUUUCUCGCUGACUUUUUGAUAUCAAUAGGCUGUCCAGAUAUACAGUUAUAUCACACUAUGCUUUUUUUAUACAUGUUUUCUCUGUCAGACUUGACUGCUUCUGGUUUGGCUUUUGCCGUGUAGCAAUGCUUUUCCAAAAAAAAAAGGAUGAAUUAGUAACUAUUCUUUAUGUAUCUGUCACCAUGAUGUAAACGUUUUUCACUUCCAUCAUCAGAACUUUCUAUUCUUUUACGCAAGUCUUUACCAUACCAUUAUCCAAGUCCACUGUACAUAGCCAUGGGCACCCGGUUGUCUCCAGUUGACAAUGGGGAAUAACUGCUGACCCUCUUCUCAAGAUGUGAUGUACAUACAAUUUAUUUUUGGCUAACAUUUUGUACUUGACAGCUUUUGCUGUGGGGAAAAAGAAAGAGAGAGUGAGAGAGUAACUGUUUGUGAUUGAAGAAAGGGAGAUAAACUGUGGAUAGUGAUUUUUUACAUUUUAAUUGGUGGUUGUGCGUUGUGAGACUCAGAGACUAUGCUGGAAAGGGCUUUUGUGUUAUCGGUCGGAAAAGCUCCUUUCCCUUUUUCUUCUUCCUCCUCCUCCUGGCAGACCCUUCUACAAGGGCUGAGGUGCAGGAUAAGCCAUUCUAUACCUUCUUUCAAGCAAUCACUUCCAGGGUUAGUGAUGUUGAGGUACUCGUGUCCAGUUCAAUGUUCCCAACAGAGGAGAUCAUGGUAGCACUACUGUACCGGUUCUGUUGUGAAGUGCAACGCUCCUCAUGAAGGUCUCCACAUUUCAGUAGAGUUGUGAGUUGUCCAGUGCUAUUUACACUGUAGUUCUGUAAUAAUAAUGUUAAUAAUUAUAAUAGUAAUAAAAAUAGCUUGUCCAUUAAUGUCUGACAAUGGCUUGUACGUCUGUAGAGGAGAACAUUUCUUAAGAGAAACUGAAGAAAUUUUGGAAUAAGAUGGUUUGUGGCUUUUUACAUGGCCAAUGAGACCAAUUUUGGAAGAAAAGUUCAGUUUUGAAGGGUCUCCUUAAAUUAUUUGCACAAUUCUAUGCCCGUCAGGUUUUUGCCAAGGAAGGCAUGGGGAAAUCUUGUUGGUAAAGUAAAGUAUUGUGCGCACUGCCGCCCCCCCAAGUCUUUGUGGGUUCUUGUGAGUCACAGCUUGCUGAUUCCUGUUCCUGUCUGUAAGACAUAACUGCAACUAUUUCAAGUGGUUCAAAAUGUGGAGGGUUUUGUCCAGGGUGUUAACAGCUUUCCGAUAUAUAUCGCAUGUGAGUUUGUUUCAGGGCAGACUAUCUUCACAACUAGUAGACCAACUUGUCACUGUCCUUUAAGAUGAGAUGAAAAUCAACUUGCUUAUCAGAACGGAAAUUUUGACAAGAUAUUGACAGAUAUCAAGACUUGAUUGUGGAGAAAUAUGUGAAAGUGGGGCAUAAUUGUUUGUUUGUUCUUUAUGGUGCGUGGCCCACAAGUGGUCCUUUGUGGUGAAAAGACAAAAUGGAUAUCAGGUUGUGCAAAAACGUGUUCUGUCUUCGCUUUCUACAUUGACCAAUAAUGUAAAGAGCGUUUUAUUGCAUGUUUUUUGGGUUUUUUUUUUAGGGAACUGAACCUUAAAAGAUGUCUAUGGGCUUUGCUUGUCUGUAUGUAAUUUUUCUAAGUGAAAAGAGAGGUUAUCACAUUGAUAAAGUGAAGUGUGAGAUUUUACAUAUAUAUAAAAAUGAAGUGAUAUCGACAAAUGUCAUGAUUUAUAUAUUAUUAGCACUAAUACUGUGGAUGUAUGUUUUAUAUAUACAUAUAUAUAUAUAUAAUCUUUUCCUUGCUCUGUAGGGGUUCCAUGUUUCCCACCAUAUAGAACAACAGUGUCAGCUGUGCUGUGGACAUUGUCUUCUCUAGUACUUUAACAACUUUUUGCAGUAACUUUGCUUCGUGUAAUUGGAACAUUUUGACAUUGACGGACAAAAUGUGUUCAAUUGUCCAAACAUAAUCAAUGAAUGAAUUAACUUGCUCAUAAUGUACCAAAUUGUUUUGUUUUGCCUCACCACCCCCCCCACACCCUUUUUUUUUCUUUGUGGAAGGACAUUUUUCACCCAUACCCCCUUCCCCCCAAAUUAUAUCUCGCAAGCGAGACAGGUGGAAAACCACACCUUUAUGCAUCAGACUGAACCGUUUGGUUCACUCUCUUUCCAAUUUUUGUUUUCUCCUUUGUCAUUCAUUUAAUGCAAUGAAACCAUUUUUGUCUGUCAGAUAUUUAAUUCUAGCAAAUUUUCUUGUACAUAUCAUCCAAUAAAAAGUUAAUAAAAAUAAUGAUAAAAUAGUUA